AGGCUUUCAGACAUUCAGAUCAACAAGCACUACCCUGUGGAUCUGGGGAAGAGGUUUCUCUAACCACGACAUGCAUCUUCACAUGAAUUCUGAAGGCUCAACUCAAUUCUUGGGAGACUGGAGGAAAUCUCUCUAGGGACAGCAAGGCAAGCCCCUAGCCCAGGCAGGAAGCAUCAUCAGUACUAAUUUAAUACCAGCCAUGGCAGAUGCUGUGAGGGAUGGCAUGAAUAGGAGUCAGAAGGGUCUGUUGAGGAGGUGGAGAAACCAUAAGCGGGGGGGGGGGUUGUUUUCUGGAGGUUAUCUGCAGUGCAUUCAGCUGGCCACACUGGGCUUGCGGUCCACAAACAUCCACACCCAAAGCUUUUUAUUCAUUUUUUUCUCUCUUUUGGAAUGGUCUCUAAGAUCACUGAGAUACUGUUACCACCGCAGGGAUAACAUCAAAGCAGCAAGUUCCUCAGCAUCUCAAAGGUGAGGAAGGGUAAGGCUAAAGGCUAUGCCUGGACUACCAGAGAACAUCCCCCUUGGGGAGUGCACCCUACACUCCCAGUCCCAGGAGCAGCUCACUCCCCAGACAGAAAGCACCGUGUUCAGCCUGUCCCGCAGCGAGUCCCUCUGGACCAACGAGUCGGCCCGCAGCACAUGUGAGAUCUACUGGUUCCCAUUCCACCUCAUGUCCACCGGGGGCAGCAUCUUUGCCUGCGGCUUCAUCCUGAGUGGCCUGUAUUUUGCUGGCUACUGCAGGAAGGCCACCAACAUCCUGGGCCCGGCCUUGGUAUCCAUUGGCCUGAUGGUGCUGGUGGUGGGCGUGGUGCUGAUCCCCAUCACCAAGGAGAACAGGAAGCAGCCCACCAUGAAGAAGCCCUUCAGCUACUACAGGCAACCAGUCUUUAAAUUAUGAAGUGGGCCGGGCGGGGUAUCCCUGUCUUGUAUGCUGUGAUCCUGGAGAGUCCUCAGGCUCAAAGUCUGGUUGUCAGACCAUUUAGUUUCCCAAAAGCACAAUGGAGGAUUUGAUACUUCCCUGCUGAGCAUGGCUACACGUUGAGCAUGGCUACACGUUGAGCAUGGCUACACGUUGAGCAUGGCUACACGUUGAGCAUGGCUACACGUUGAGCAUGGCUACACGUUGAGCAUGGCUACACGUUGAGCAUGGCUACACGUUCACAUGAUGAAUGUUUAACUUGUAGGGGAACAUGAACCCUUCUAUUUUCUUCCACCACUAUGGAUGUAUACAGUAUUUUAAUAUCUGCAUGACAAAGUAUACAUUAUAACCAAGUUACAGGUGGUUCUUUGGCAUUUGUUCUUAAGCAUUUGAGAGUACUAGAAAAUUACCAUGCUGCCAAAUAACACAAUUAUCAAUGUAGUCCACUGCUUUUACGCAUAAUUAUUAGAAUGAGUGACAAGCAUGUUGAGAAGAAAGGUGUGUGCAUGUACAUUGAUGAGAGCAGGAUUGAGUAUUGACAGCAUGCCUUUGUUGUAGGCUACUGAUUCAUGAUUAAUUCAAUAAAUAACACAAGUGCUUAUUUUGGUUGGCCUAGUGGUUAGAGUGUUGGACUAGUAACCGAAAGGUUGUAAGAUCGAAUCCCUG